GCGGCGAAAGAAAAUUUCUGCUUCGUGUCCAACAUUCCAGGCACAAGCUCCUAAUUUUCCUCACAUUGAUUCAGUCCCCAACUACUUGCAGAUGGCUCCAUGCAGAAUGCUGAACCAGAUACCUCGGGAACUAACAGACUGGAAAAAUAAUAUGACACAUGAGGUGAAAAGACUGUUCAAAUAUGUGGGACAUUUACCGAGUCUUCUAAGCAUAACUCCAAAUGUUGCAAUCAUUCAAGCUCUACUUGAGUACUGGGAUCCAGAAGGUUCUAUUUUUCGAUUCGGUGAAUGUGAACUAACACCAACUUUAGAAGAAAUAGAAGGAUUAUUGCAGAUACCUGGGAAAGGUUAUCCUAUGAUAUAUCCAACUAAUGGAACAAGGGAACAGUUUUAUAGGUUUUUGGGAUUAAGGCAGGUUAGUAUGAACCAACAUCCGGAUGCGAGAUCGUGUCCGUUAGAGUUUCUGUAUGAACGAUUUGGAGAAAGAGGGUCCUAUGAACAGUACCGAACCGAUUUUUUUAUAAGUAAGGAGCAAUGGGUAGAGAAGCGAGUGCAAGCGUUUGGAUUAGCUUUGAUCAAUCUGUUGUUGUUCCCGCAAAAGCAUGGAAAGAUCACAUUUUUCACUAUCAACAUGGUUCAGAGCCUAUUUUCAGGGAUUAAUGGAAUGACCCCUACCUUGGUGCCUGUAAUCAUUGCCGACAUCUUCAUGGCCGCUACUGAAUGUCGAAAGAAAAGAGGUUUCUUUUAUGGGUCAAAUUUGAUACUCCAAAUGUGGGCAAUGGAGCAUCUAGCGAAGAGAACGCUCAAUCCUUUGGGAUCUUGUCUCCCCGCAGAGAAUUGGAUCGAAUCACACUGAGAAAGGGUCAAAAAG